AUGGGCAGCGUAGCUAUUCCCCGGACGAUGAAGGCGGCGCAGUACCACGCGCAUGACAACCAGAUACACAUUAACGAAAUUCCCGUCCCGAAGCCACAACCAUUCGAGUUGCUGGUCAAGGCGCUAUGCAGCAGUCUCUGCCGCUCCGACCUCAUGAACUUCGAGCCCGACGAGCUCGGUCUCAAGCCAACGGAUCCUAACACCCCUCCUAUCACGCUUGGCCACGAAGCCGCCGGCGUCGUCGUCCAGGUCGGACCAGAUUGCAAGGGUUUCAAGGUCGGGGACGAAGUGGGCUUCCUACCAUCCACAAACGUCUGCUUCGACUGCGAGGAAUGUCAGGUCCAUCAGAUGUGGUGCACGGCGCUGGGCGGAUGCAAGAUGCCCGGCCAUGCUGCCGACGGGUUCUUCCAGGAGUACAUCGCCGUGCACCACCGGAAUGCCAUCGUCUUGCCGAAGGGGCUGUCGGCGAUCGAGGCGGCGCCGCUCUUUUGCGCCGGGGUCACGAGCUAUCACGGCAUUGCGGACCUGGGGAUACCGCAGGGACAAUGGGUGGCUAUUAUCGGGUGCGGUGGACUAGGUCACUUGGGAAUCCAAUAUGCCAAGGCCAAGGGGUAUAGAGUCAUCGGCCUUGACGUUGUGGACAGCCAACUGGACGAGGCGAUGGCCUGUGGUGCCGACCAUGUGUUCAAUACCAGGACCGACGGCGACUAUGUCCAGCAGAUUAAGAAGCUCACGUCGGGAGGGUGCCAUGCCGUCGUCAACUACACGAGCUCCAAGCCGUCGUACGACCAAGCUCCCAAGGUGCUCCGGGUCAAUGGCAUCCUCAUGGUUGUCGGCCAUCCACAGCAGUCUCUGACGUUCACGACGAUCGACAUAGCACUGCACAAGUUCAGGAUCAUGGGGGCCAGCAACUCGAUCCCCGCGAAUUUGAGGGAGUGUAUCGACUUCUCGCAAGAGCACGGGAUCAAGCCGCAUGUCACAUAUUAUCGCAAGCUGGAAGACAUCCAUGAGAUGAUAGAUCUGAUGAAUCAGGGGAAGAGUUUGUCGGUGCCCACGGGCUUGGUGUCCUGUCCGAGAUCAGGCAAGCCCUCAACAGAGCGGCCGCAGAUUUGCCGACGAAAGAAAGUCCGAUGCCAACCGAGCAACGACGGAUCCGACAACUGUUCCCUAUGCUUGAAGACGGGAGUCGAAUGUAUCGUGCCUAUGAUCGACGAACGCAAACUCAGAAACUCCAGGAAGACCAUAAGAGACCUUUCCGCGCGGAUUAUCGCCCUGGAGAAAGAACUCGAGGCACACCGGUCAUACUGCAGCGGGACGACAGCUGAGUGGUUUUCGACCCGAGACGAGGAGCUAAGUCCCGGGCCGUCGUCUACCAAUUCGGACGGCUCAAAUAGCUCGGACAACAUGAUCGUCAGACUCUGCGGGGGACAGCAACAGUUGAACAGUGACCGGGUAGGCCGGCUCCGCUUCUUCGGCCCGACAUCUAGUCUGCACCUCAGCGAGAGUGUAACAUCGUCUGUCCUCAUUCGGGAACCAAAUAACACGAGAGGCUGGCAUCAGUGGCAGGAGAUCCUUCCGCUGGACCUACAGGCCCAUCUCAUGGAUCUCUAUUGGAAAUAUCAACACCAGAUGAUCCCGAUUAUCCACAAAGAAGCCGCCGCCAUAUCCGAUCAGCCAGAUAUCCGAGCAUUGGCUCUCGCCGAGGACGACACGAACGAAGACCCGCCCUUCCUCGUUAGCAAGUGCGCGUCGCUGCUCGAAACAGAAUUGAAUCGGCCGGGAAUCACGACGCUGCAGGCCCUCCAGCUUCUGAGUGAAAUAUACUGCGUCGUGGGGAAUGACACGAAGGGGUGGCUUGACGCUGGUGGAGCCUGUAGACUUGCUUUUGAACUGGGUCUCCAUACCGACAGCAACACCAUCGGCUGUGCAAAACUAUCUCAAGUCGAUCUGGACACUCGCCAGAUAGCUCUGUGGAGCUGUGUGAGUUUUGACAGGCACAUGAUCAAAAUGGAGGACAUCACAGAUCAGAGACCGGAUUCUCCUCAUGUUGAAGCAUCUUUCGACAUCAAAGUCUCGGCCGCAUGGGCAAGCUUGCUCGAGAUCGUGGGGGUUAUUUGUGAUGCACUAAAUGGGGUACAGACGACGAAACAUAGGGUUACAUCCCUGGACCAGAAACUCCGCGACUGGUGCGCUUCGUUGGAUAUCUCGCUCCAUUACAACUCACAGCAGAGUCCGGCUGUCUUUCUGCUCCACAUGCAAUACGCCGCAGCGAACAUCCUUCUCCACAGGCCAUUGGUGCAAUUUGGCAACGCAACAUCGGUCACCACAGGGAACGUGUCUCGCCAGAUCUGCGUGCAGCACGCAUGUUUGAUCGCGCACUAUGUCCAGGACUACCACGACCGCUACGGUAGCGCCAUGACUCUCUCCUGGAUAUCGCUACACAUCGUCGCCACGGGGGCCACGACGCUGAUCGCGAGCACCGCAGAGAACCAAAGCAAUUCCCUCGAGGACCUCCACUUCUCGUGUCUCCAGACCUGUAUUCGUGCUCUCAGCGAGCUAGAAAAGAGCCAUCUUCCUACUAAGCGAGCUCGGAAGGUCAUCCAGCACGCCAUACGUGUUCUCGACCUUGAUGACAGGGUCAAUGCCGCGCCGCCCCUGCGAGAAGUCCGAGACAGGCCCUUGCCGAGCAUUUCGAUCCCUCUGCCGGGGUUAAUCUAG